AUGAAGGCCAUCUUAAUUUGUUGUCUUUUGAUUCUAGUGGCCAGCCACGAAAGUGAUUACCAAAACCUACUUUAUGGAAUUUUGCAAGGAUCAGAACUUAUCACUCCUAUUACUCCUCUAAAUUGUAAAACAUUAAUAUCCCGUUUCCAAAAACCUUAUUUAUUUGACAGGCCUUGAAAAAAGGUGAUUUCUGAUACAAGCGUGCUUUCAGAAACUUGCGGAUUUAAUGCUGCUUAUGAGACUUUGCAAGGCUUUAUGCAAUUUCCUCAAAUUUUUGAAAAAUUCCUUAUAAAACUUGAUGAUUCUAUUGAAAAUGAUAGACUUUUCCCUGCCGUCGAAGCCGGAACAUCGCGCAGGAGGCGCACGUUGGAGAUCAAAGCCAGCUGUCCCAGCAACUGGUGGGCCCCGAGCGACGAGAGCGUGGUGGUAGUCCUGGAAGAGCAACCCCGUAGGAGACGUUAAACGUCAUGGUUAAUAAGUUUAAGUUAAGAUAGACUUUUCCCUGAAAGCAACCUACAAAAAUACGGGAUAUCAGUAGGAAUGAUUAUGAAGCCCUUUUUGGCUUUGGUUAUACCUACUGUGCUGGACUUUGAGUUUUCUAACAAAUUUAUGUCCUUGAAAUCAGGAAAGCAUCCUAUAGCGAUUUUUCAUGGCCUAGGUGAUAGCUGUUAUUACUCGGGAAAUAUUGAAUUUACAGAAUACAUUCGCAAAAACGUUGGAACCUAUACAAAAUGCGUUGAAAUUGGAGAUGGGUCUAACAGCAGCUGGCUUGAGCCUUUCCAAUCGCAAGCAAUUCAAGCAUGCGAAAGAAUUAAAGAAGAAACAGAAUAUUCUAAUGGACUUAGCAUUAUUGGCUUAUCUCAAGGUGGAUUAAUUGCAAGAUAUAUUGCAGAAGCAUGUGGAGUUCCAGUUCAUGUAAUUGUAACAAUAGGAACACCUCAUAUGGGAGUAGCAACCAUGCCCUAUUGUUUAAAUGGAUUUUACUGUGAUGUCAUAAAUGAUGUCACUAGUAAAGAUGCCUAUGGUCUUUUUAGUCAAAGUAAUAUAGGGCCUCCUGGGUACUUUAAUGACCCAAAUAAUUACGAAAGCUAUUUAGAAAAUAGCAGUUUCUUAGCUGAUUUGAAUAAUGAGAAAUUUAUCAAUACCACUUUUAUAGAGAAAAUGCAAAGCCUGAACCAUUUAGUUCUCAUUAAAUUUACAGAGGAUUCUGCAAUUUCUCCAAUAGAAAGUGCAUGGUUUGGGUACUUUGAAGGGGGAAAUGUCGUCCCCUUUAAUCAAACUAAAAGCUAUUUAAAAAACACACUUGGACUACAGCAACUUUAUUCCGAAAAUAAGCUUCAUUUUAUUGAGAUCGAAGGUGAGCAUUUAAAUUUCAAUGAAGAAGAGUUUACGGAACUGAUUUUACCUUAUCUUUUGGAUUAA